CGAACCUACUCGCUCUGUAGUGAAACGUCAACUACUACGACAAACGCAUUGACCUCACAAUGCUGCAAGGGAUACAAAACGUCUCCUAUAUUAAAAGUGGCUUACCAAAAAUGUUGCCAAUUGCUCCAGCACCUGAAAGAAAAUGUUUGCCUAUGGAUACUGAAAAGAAGAGAUACAGUUAUACAAAUAACCCUUACACUGGGGCACAGGCUGCAUCAAUUGCAAGAAGAAAUGCCAGGGAAAGGAAUCGUGUGAAACAAGUGAACGACGGAUUUAACGCAUUGAGGAAGAGAUUGCCAGCUAGUGUAAUAGCUGCUCUAUCUGGAGGUUCUCGUCGCGGAUCUGGAAAAAAACUCAGCAAAGUCGAUACACUUAGAAUGGUUGUUGAAUAUAUUAGACACUUAGAAAGUGUACUUGAUGAGAGUGAUGCAGCUCUUGGGAUAAGAAAAGUGGAAUCACAGACUAUUGGAAAAGAGAGAGCAAUGCUUUAUGAAGAUGAAGGAAUUUUUGGAGGAAAUUCACCAUACGCAGAAUCAGUACCAUCCCCUGUUGGAUCCGAGUGUUCUUCGGGUAUAUCAUCUGGCUAUUCACCAAACAGCAAUGGUUACACACAAUACCAUGCUAUGGAUCAGACAGAUAGUAUGAAUGAAAUUGAAUUGCUUGAUGCUAUUUCUUGGUGGCAACAGAAAUAACAGCAGAUAUUGUGGAGUAAAGUAUAUUUUCUAGUCAUUAUUAAGUUAUUAUAAAUAUAUUAAAUUAUAAAUAUUCAAAAUUGGUAUAGAUUAAUUUUCAAUACAUUUUAUAUAUAAAACUGUACAAAUACAUAAUUAAUUUGUGGCUGUGAAUAUCAAAUUAUAAAUUAAAUAAAAUACGACCAUUUUAU